CUUUUGCUAUCGCUCAAGAGUUAAAUAGUUCAUCAGAUUCUUUAUUUAGUUUGGCCAAAAGUCUUGCAGAAACACUUUCGGAUAAACAUCAAUACAAAGAUGCUGCACAAAUAAUAUUGGAUUAUACUAAGCAACCAGAAGAGUCGAUUAUUUUGUUGAACAAAGGUCAUUACUGGGCAGAGUCAAUACGUAUAUCCUACAUGUAUAACAGAACAGAUUUAAUUGAAACUAACAUUAAACCAAGUGUAAUUGAAGGUCAUACUCAGCUGCUUCAAGAUGUGAAUUCAAUGUUAGAUCAAUUAAAUCAGCAAACAAAAAGGCUAAAAGAAAUUAGAGCCAAAGCUAACCAAUUAAUUUCAGACCUAGAUCAAAACGAAGAAUCAAUUGAAAAUGCUGAU